UGAUGGAAGUUGCAUGGUUGAGGCAGAGGAGAGUUGUGUUUUAAACUGUCCAACGCUUGUAGCUAACAGGAAUUUAGUAGGUUAAUCAGCAAAACUGAUUAUAUUAAUCAAGAGUUCAAUAAUUACGGGUCUAAGUAUCAUUUUCAGUUGACUGUGAAGCAUCAUUGCUGUAAGCUGACUUCCCCGAUCCCUCCUUGAAAUGAAAGCGGGCGCGCUCCACUGUCGAUGUGCAAAAUGUUUCUCUCUACCUGUGCGGAAGCGGGUGCGAAAGCGAGCGUCUGCCGUCUCGCUGCUGUCUCUGCCUGAAGAGCUGCUGGUGUUCGUCCUUCAGUGUCUGUCCGCCGAGGAUCUCCUCUCAGUCAGAGCCGUUCAUUCUCAUCUUCGUGACAUUAUCGAUACUAACGUGAGCAUCUGGGCACGAGUGAGUUUCAAAGACCGCUGGCCGGCUCCUGAUACCGUUUGGCUCUUUGAAAGGGCUGCGGAGAAAGGGAACUUUGAAGCUGCUGUGAAACUAGGAAUUGCAUAUUUGUACAAUGAAGGACCAUUACUCAGCGAGGAGGGUCGUGCUGAUCUGUGUGGCCGAAUGGCGUCUCGGUAUCUGAGCCUGUCCGAGAGCCUCAGGUCCCCGCAGGCCGAGCCCUUCAUCUGGCUGUUCAUCCGGCCACCCUGGUCUGUGUCCGGCAGCUGCUGCAAGGCUGUGGUGUUCGACCGGCUCCAGGCCGAGUGUCAGACCAGCCUGGGACGAAAAGGGACGUUACUGUACUGUCUGGCCCGAGUCCUUCAGCUGUUUGACGAUGAGGAGAAGCGUGAUAAAGCGGAGCUCAUGCUGAAGGAGUCCUCCAGAUGCGGCAGUCUGCAGAGCUCGUACCUGCUGUGGGCAAUCAGCCGUGCCUCAUCGACGGCCGACCCUGGCAGGUAUCUGCAGUGCAUGCGCACACUCAGGGACUAUGCUGCUAGAGGAUGCUGGGAAGCUCAGCUGGCGUUUGUGAAGUCGUGUGGUUCUGCUAACCCUCUGGGUCUGGAGCCGCGGGCCUGCACUGAACUCGUGUCUCAGUUCUUCCAGACGGGACCCUCAGCCCUUCGGUACCAGCCGCAUCUGCAGGGACAGGACAUCACCACCAAGAGGUACAUUCUGGUGGAUUGGUUGGUGGAAGUGACCACCACGAAGGACUUCUCCAGUCAGGUGCUGCACGUGACCAUUAGUUGUGUGGACCGCUAUCUGCACCUGCGCUCUGUGCCAAAGGCCCAGCUGCAGCUCCUGGGCAUCGCCUGCAUGGUCAUCUGCACCCGAUUCAUCAGCAAGGAGAUCCUGACCAUCCGUGAGGCGGUUUGGCUCACAGAUAACACCUAUCAGUAUGAAGACCUGGUGCACAUGAUGGGCGAGGUUAUCUCCGUGCUGGACGGCAAGAUUCGGACCCCUUCAGUGUUGGAUUAUGGGGAGGUGCUGCUGACGUUGCUGCCGGUGGAGCGUCGCUCUGCUCACCUCUUCAGCUACAUCUGUGAGCUGUCUCUGCUCUGCUCACCCGUCACUGUUCCCGGACCAGCCCGUCUCGCCAGCGCCAUCCUGCUGCUCACCAGAGCACUGCACAACUACGUUCCUGUGUGGCCCAUCCAGCUGCAGGAAAACACUGGUUUCUCCAAGCAAGAUCUGGUCUCAUGUGCUUUAACGCUCUACGUCAAAUGUUUUGGUCAAGAUGUGCCUAAAGACUAUAGGCACGUGUCUCUGACUGGAGUCAAGCAGAGGUUUGAGGAUGAUUCGUAUCAGCAGAUCAGCAAAGACACGGUGAUGGGCUUUAAGGAGCUGUGUCAGGUGCUGGAGGUGCCAGAGGUGGAGCCUCAGGUGGAAGCGUCCAGUACCAGCGGUCAGAUCACAGAGAUGCACACCUUCCUGUCUUCACCCACCAGCAGCAGCAAGAGGUGGAGAACACACUGUACAUUCACUUGA